CGAUAGGCUACCAUUAAGAGCUGUUAGGCCUAUUAAUUGCUUGAAUCAAACAGCUGAAGCAUCGACAUGAAGAGCUGCUGUGGUUUGGUGACUGUCAAUAAUGAGCCAGUUCCUCUGAAGAGUGUGGAGGUAGAUGUGCAUGUAAAGGGACAUGUAGCCACAGUGACCUCCACUCUAGGGUAUGUAAAUGGAGAAGAGCGCCCCCUGGAGGCUGUGUUUGUGUUCCCUCUGCCUGGAGAAUGUGCCGUCUGCCACCUCAGCGCCAAGAUAGGAGACACAGAGGUGGUGGCAAAGCUGCAGGACAAGCAGAAGGCACGGGAGAAAUAUGAUGAUGCGUUGAGCUCGGGCCACCAGGCCUUCCUGUUGGAGGAGAGUGCUCAGAGCCCAGACGUGUUCCAGCUGAACGUGGGCAGCCUGCCUCCAGGAGAGAGUGCUGCCAUCACUCUGGUCUACAUCUCAGAGCUGGCCAUGCAAGCUGAUGACGCCCUGCGCUUCUGUCUGCCUGCUGUGCUCAACCCCCGCUACACACCCCAGGACAUGGACAGGAGUCAAAUGGCCACCGUGACUUCAGUCCCAGCUGAUACGGUGCCCUACACGUUGGCUCUCAGUGCUCAGCUGUCCUCCCCCCAGCCCAUCUCUAAAGUGGAGUCCAACUGUCAUCUGGAGCCACUGGCUUACCUCAACCCAGACAAAACACAAGCCACGGUGAGUCUCUCUCCAGGCCACCUGUUUGAUCGAGAUGUGGAGCUGCUGCUGUAUUACCAGGAUGCUCAUAAGCCCACUGCCAUAGUGGAGGCUGGACUGGACAGUGCUGAGCCAGGCUCCUUAAUGGGUGACCCUGUUGUAAUGAUCAGCAUUUACCCAGAGUUCCCUGCUGCAGCAACAUCCUCUCUUGCCACUUGUGGAGAGUUUAUUUUUGUGGUGGACCGAUCAGGGAGUAUGGACUGCAAGAUGCACUCAGGAAAAGAUGCAAAGAUGCGCAUAGAGAGUGCCAAGGACACUCUGCUCCUGCUCUUGAAGAGCCUACCCAUGGGCUGCUACUUCAACAUCUGCGGCUUUGGUUCUCAUUAUGAACAUUUCUUCCCAAAGAGUGUUGAGUACAACCAGAAGACAAUGGAUGAUGCUCUUAAGAAAGUGAAGGGAAUGGGUGCAGACAUGGGGGGCACUGAGAUUCUUCGGCCUCUGAAACACAUCUACAGCCAGCCCUGCAUCCCCAGUCACCCCAGACAGCUCUUCAUUUUCACUGAUGGAGAGGUGGGGAACACUAAGCAGGUUUUGGACUUGGUGAAGAUCAAUGGAAAUUCUCACCGGUGCUUCUCUUUUGGAAUCGGAGAGGGUGCCAGCACUGCUUUAAUCACAGGCCUGGCCAAGGAGGGCUCUGGGCAUGCUCAGUUUAUCACAGGAACAGACCGCAUGCAGCCCAAGGUGAUGCAGUCUCUCCGCUAUGCACUGCAGCCAGCAGUGAAGGACAUCUCUGUCCACUGGAACCUUCCAGAUGGUGGGUCAGUCACCACUUUGUCUCCUCCACUCAAAGUGCUCUUCCAUGGUCAAAGGGCCCUGCUGUAUGCCCAGCUCAAAGGAGAGAAUGCUGCGACUCCUGAAGGAUCUGUGACAAUACAGUACAACCUGUUGGAGGAGACGGUCAAGAACCAACUCAGCUUCUGCCUCAGACCCACAGGAGACACAGGACUGACUCUCCACCGGCUGGGGGCUCGAGCCCUGAUCCGCUCACUGGAGACGGAGGAGAGGGCAGCAGGACCAGAGGUGAAGGCCCUGAGAGAGAAGCUGCUGCAGCUCAGCCUGCAGUCUGGAGUCAGCUGCACACACACCGCCUUCAUCGCCAUCCACAAGGGCAGCGGACAGACUGUGCAGGGACCUCUGCUCCACAGACCUGUGCCAACGGCAGGAAUGUUUUUUGGUGCACCUAUGCCUAUGGCUAUGUGCUGUUCAAUGCCACCCCCCCAAAUGGCUCCAAUGGCUAGAAUGGCCCGAAUGGCUCCAAUGGUUGAAUUGUGUGGAAUGGCUCCAAUGGCUAGAAUGGCGGCAGCGCCUCCAAUGCCUCAAAUGUUCUGCGAUUCUGCAGAAGAUGAUGAUGGGACUUUUGAAGAUGAUGACGAUAUGUAUGAAAUGGCCCGAGCUCCACCAGAGUCUCCCACAGAUCCCCUCCUUCAGCUGAUCUCUCUCCAGAAAGCCUCGGGGUCAUGGGAAAUGGAGUCCUCCAUGGCCAAGGUGUUGGAGAAGACAGACGAUGAGUUGGACAAACUGAUGCCAGUGGGGGCAGACAAGGCUGUGUGGGCUACAGUUCUGGCUCUGCUUUGGCUCUAUGGUUUCCGUCUUGAUGCCAAGGAUGAAUGGCAGUUUGUAGCCAUGAAGGCAGCAUCCUGGAUUCAAGCUCAGAAAGUGGACUGUGUGUCUCAGUGUGUGCAGGCUGGAAAUGCUCUGCUGGGAUGUCAGCUGCAGCAGGAGACUCUGGGCCUCUGAGGACUUCACCACCUUACGUCAUGUGUGCUAGAGCUUUCAUUUGCUUCUGUCUGUGUAAUGGAACUAAUAUGCCCUCAUGUUUUUUUAAAGUUGUAUGUUUUAGCUUUUUAGCCUUUAUGUGAACAGUGAAGAGAUGACAGAAAAUGAGCUGUACAGAGGUGGGCACAAAUGUAACAAACUAAAAAUACUUGCUCAUGCAACAUAACAUAAUAAAAUGCAAAAUAA